CGGACGGACGGACGCGGAGCCGCCGCCGCCGCAGAGGCCCCGACCUUGUCCGCCUUCUCGUCCUCCUCCUUCGGCGGCGCCCGCGGGGAUGAGCCGGGUGUCGUCGUCGGUGCCGGGCGGGGCGGCGUCCCCGCCGUCGUGGCUGCCCAGCCACGUCCAGGUGACGGUGCUGCAGGCGCGGGCUCUGCGCGCCAAGGGCGGCCCGGCGGCGGGAGACGCCUUCGUGGCUCUGCAGCUGGGCGGCCAGAAGUACCGCACGCCCGUGGCGCCGCAGCGGAGCGGGCCGCGCUGGGCCGACGAGUGCUUGCUCCAGCUGCCGCCCACGCCCGGCCCCGACGACCACGCCGACGACCCGGCCCUCCUGCUGCAGAUCACCGUGUGGCAGCGCGCUCUCGUCGGCACUGACCGCUUCCUCGGACGCGCCGCCGUCCCGCUGCGCCAGCUGCUCCAGCGAGGCGGAUCCCAUCCGGACCAGUGGUACAAACUCCAGUCCAAGCCUGGCAAGAAGGAGAAGGAGCGUGGGGAAAUUCAGCUGAGCAUCCAGUUCACUCGCCACAGCCUGACGGCCAGCAUGUUUGACCUGUCCAUCAAGGACAAGCCCCGGUCGCCCUUUGGGAAGCUGAAGGACAAGCUCCACGGCCGGCAGAAGUACGACCUGGAGUCGGCCUCGGCCAUCGUCCCCAGCAGCAGCGGGGCCCUCGAUGAGGACUUUGGCCUGGCAGGCAAGAAGGCCAAGGCCAAGGGCGGCUUCUUCUUCAAGAACAAGCUGCGCAAGUCCUCCCUCACCCAGUCCAACACCUCCCUGGGCUCCGACAGCACCCUCUCCUCGGCCGGCAGCCUAGUGGGCAUCGGACCCUCCGAGGCGGGCAUGGUGCCCUCGCCCAGCCGCCACAGCAGCUUCUCCACCGACCGCUCUGUCAGAGACUUCCUGCCCUCCCCGAAGCUGACCCACAAGAGGGCCUUCAGUGACGAAGCCUCCCAGUCGAUACAGAGCCUGAAGCCGCAAAAUGACCCCCUCUCCCGGUCCUCUCUCUGCAUCAAUGGGAGCCAUAUCUACUGCGAGGAGCCUACGCCAAAGCCUUCCUCCCUCUCCGCGGCGCCUGUCCCUCAGGGCAUCGCCGCCAGCAAGCCCCAUGAAGAGGCCUGUGGAUCCGAGCCCCCGGCCGCCCCCGAGCCGGACCUGCCGCCGUGGUCCAGCGGCAUCUUCCCGAAGGGGCCCCCCAAAGACCCUCCCCGUUUCAUCCCCUCCCCUCCCAUCCUGGCGGCCCAGGAGGAAGACAAGCUCUCGGUCAAGACCAUCGCCCUCAACAAGCACCGCGUCAGGGCCAGGAGGGAGGAGGAGGAGGCGGCGGCAGCAGCGGCCGCGGCAGCCCUGCACGCCGAAAGCAAGCCCAUCCAGAUCGCCACGCCCAUGGUCUUUUCCGGGGACGUCCGGAGGGUGAGACCCCAGCAGGAGGAGGACGAAGCGGAGGAGGAGGAGAAGAGGCUCUCCAAGACCGGCUUCUUCCGCCGGGGGAGCAGCAAAGAGGGCGGCGGGAAGAGCGGGGAGCCGUCCCCCCGGGUGGUGGUGGCGGCCGGAGAAGAGAGGGGCAGGAGCAGGAACAGCAGCAGCAGCUGGUUCAGCCUCCAGGAUGCCAAGGAGGUGCCCCCAAAGCCCAGUUCCCCGGACCACCCUUGUCUCUCUGAGGAUCAGGACCCCCCUCCCUUCGCCACAGCGGGAGACUUGCCGCCCGAGGCCCAGAGCGCCAGGACCCCCGAGGCGCCACCCCCGUCUCCGCCGGCCUCUGCCAGGGCCCCCCCGGAGUGGGACGACAGCUUUGACGCCUUCGCCACCAGUAGACUCCGGCCGGAAGCUCUGAGGGAGCCUCUGCCUGCAGGGGAGGGGCUGGAAGGUGUUUCGCACCCGGAGGCCCGCCUAGCCGGGAGACAGGGGGAGCCUGGCCCAGGGAGCCCCCAUCUGCUGAGCUGCCCCCCUGAGCAGGCGCUGGGAGGAGCAAGAAGAGAGAGCUUGGGGGGCCAAGCCUUGGGCCAGCCCUCUGAGAGCGAGGAAGGCCCCACUUCGGGAAAUGACGCACCGGCAGAGCAGGCCCCGGAGGACAGCGGGAGCCCCUGCCCCACCUCGGAUGAUGUCUUCUUGGAGGAGAGGCCCCCUCCGCCUCAGAGCGCAACCACCGGAAGCCCCCUGUGCGGAAGUGGCCGGGCCCCCCAAGCUGAAAGUGGGGAGGCCUCUGCGGCCGACACGCCUCGCUGGGACGCCGUGGGGCGAGAGGAAGCGGCCCUCUGCUUGGCACCGGACGAGGCGCCUGAUGCCAGCCUGAAUAUAGAGGAGGCCAGAGAGAUGCCAGGCUGGGUGGCUCAGGGGCAGGCCGAGGGACCCCCUCGGAAGCCCCCAAGGAGGUUUGUGCCCCUCAGCCUAGAGGAGGAGGCCGGCCAGCCCGCCUGGGGCAUCCAGGAGAGGCGGCAAGAUGGGGCAGCUGUGCCCGAGAAGCUGGAAGUGCCCGCAGAGGGAGGCCCCCCCAUGGACGAAGGGAGGCCUCUCCCAGUGGCCGCCUCCUCCUCCUCCCUGGCGCCACUGGUGAUAAUGGGAGCAGGUGGCGUCUGUGCCACGGGGGGCCUUGGGCUGGCAGGCGACGGCGCCGAACCUGCGGAAGAUAAUGAGCUGAGGGGCCGAGGCCUCCCUUCGGCGGGGACCCCGGGGGCCGAGCAGUUCGAAACUUGCCCUACAGAUCUCUCCUUGGGCGCAUCAGGCCUGUCUGACUCCUCGGUGUGGCAGGCAGGGGCUCCCUGGCCGCAGGGGCUCUCGGAGCUGGGGUCGCUGCAGACAGCCAAGGAGCUCCCCGCACGCAAAGAGGCGGGGGACGGGACCCCCCAGGACCCACGGCCCAGCCCAUCGGUGCUAUUCUGGACGGCCGUGGAGGAGGAGCAGCCGCCAUCGCAGGACUCGUGGCCCGAAGGACGAGGGCGAGGUCUUGGGGGGCCGGAGGAAGAUUUGCCGCCAGGAGAAAGAGGGGCUCUCUCCUUCCCCGAGGGGGACCCUGCACGAAGCCCCCUCAGCCAGAGCCUGCCUGCCACCUCGCCCCCUUUCCCCACAGUCUUAGCAGGCGGGCAGCUCAGGCAGGCUCGGGCGGGCAGCUCGCUGAGCGAGUCGGAGCUGUCGUCCAGCUGGUCAGACGACCGGGUGGUGGACUUCAAGAAGGCUGACUUUUGGCAGGCGGGCAGGGAGGAGCCUCGGGGCAGCUGGACGGACACCGCCCUGGCCCCGGGCAACCCCUUUGCCCCCUGGGCUGGGCCACCGCAGCCCCCUUCCCCGCAGAACAACCCCUUUGUGGAGAGGCCUUCCGACCCGGCAUCCUCGGAGGCGGCUGUCCUGCCCAUUUCCUGGGUCAAGGGUCUGGGCGGCCCGGAGGCUGCCCCUCGCGGCUUCUUCCUUGCCCACCCCUCCGAGGACCAACCCGCCGCUGCCCCCUUGACUUUCUCCACGCCUUCGCUGGAGGGGGCUGCCCACCCCAGCGACUUCCUCUUCCCUUCUCCCGUCCUGCACCCUGACCUGGCCAAGGGCUCCGCUGUGGCGGCCCCCACCCUUGCUCUCCCGCGGCCCAGAUCCGCCUCGGUGGCCUCUUCAUUUUCGCCCGUGGAGGCGCCACAGCCAGAAGAGGCGCCUCCUCUCCCGUGGACGGCCAGCCCCCACCCCGUGAAGCCCAUCAGUAGCUCUCCAGGGCCAAACACUCCUCGGGAGGAGAAGGAGGAGGAGCAGAGGCCAGCGGGUAGCCUGACCCCUGUCCGGAGUGGUGGCCAGGAGCGCGAGCCGGCGGGAGGAGCACCCACCUCCCAGAUGGAGAAACCGGAGCCCAAAAGGGACUCUUCCACGCUGGAUCCGUCCGCCAAGUAUUACCACCUGACGCACGACGAGCUGAUCCAGCUGCUGCUGAAGCGAGAGGCGGAGCUGAGCCAGAAGCAGGAUCAGGUCCGCGAGCUGGAGAACUACAUCGACCUCCUGCUGGUGCGAAUCAUGGAGCAAUCCCCCAGGCUGCUGCAAAUCCCCCUGGGAGGGGAGCCCAAGGCAGCCAAAUAGCGCCCCCACCCUCCUUUCCCCCGCCACACCUCUCACCCUGCAGCCCUCUCUCCUGGCUCAAGGCCCCCCUGGAAGGAGAGGCCCUCCCUUGGCUUCCUCACCUCUGGGCCACGGGGGAUUGUGUGACGCAGCCGGUUUGGAGCAAGAGGCCGUUCUCUGGAGAGACGCUCGCCUCCCGCCCUGCAAGCUUCCCAGUCCAUCGCAGCCCCCGCAGUUAUGCCCAGGGCUCAGAUCUUCUCCCCGUCCCCUGGGUUAGUGACUCCAGCUGGCUGUUGGCUCCCUGUCUGUGGUGGUGGUGGGUGUUCCUUGGAAGGGGGUGGAGGGAGAGCAGCCCGGGGGGAGUCAGCCGACGUGGCCGAAGGAUGGACUUCGAAACCAGGGAGAUGGAUUGUGCAGUAAAGACCUCCUGGUGGGCCGAGGGCACGUGCGGACCCCACCCCUGUGCUCCUUGAGGACUAGCACCGCCGAGCCUGCGCCAACCACUCGGUACCUCGCCAGGUUCACCUGCCCCCGUUGCAACUCUGCUCCCUGCAACAGCCCUGGGGGCAAGAGAGGGGCUGCCUUGGACUUGGGGCGCUGUUCUGGCUCAGCGCCCGGCACGGUUUUCAUUGCAUGCUGGAAUAUGUUGCAAGCCGUCUCCGUCUCUGCCUGCCUGCCCGUCCUUUUCCUUCUCUGCUUUGGGUGGCAGCAGGGACUUGGCAGGAGGGCACCACAGUGGCACCUCGUCCUUUUUGCACCCCCCUCCCCGCACCUGCUGCGAUAAUCAGAAGAAAAACAGUGUGCCUUUUCUUUCACGGGGAGGGCAAAUGCGCUGAAGCAGGCAUCUUCUCCAGGCUUGUGCGCUGCGUAGUUCGUAGCGACUCCUGCGCUGCAGACCAGAAGCACACGGGGGAAUGUCCUCAGCCAGGGCAGGAGAGCUUUGGCGUCAUCGCCAGAAGUCCUGGGCGAAAGUCUCUGAGCGCCCAGAGGAAGGAGAACCCUGCUCCUUAGCGGGUGACCAAAUGGUUCCUGCAAAGUGGCUUCCUGCUCUGGGUUUCCUUCUCAGCCCUGGGGGUGCCCUCAGGCCUUGCAAUGUCUCUGCUUUGCCUUGGGGUGCCCUGGCCCUUUCCUGCCCCAGGAGGAGACCUAUGCAGCCUGCACUUCCCCCCCCCAACACACACCUGGCACUUUGGGGGAUGGUGAUGCCUCCAUCAGGAAAAGGACCAAGGCGCCAGAGGCGGCAGCGCCAGCCCUCUGUUCCAUCCCUUGCGCAUCAGGAGUCUCUCUGCCCUUAACAGUGGGCCAUGGAUUUUUUCUGCCCCAUAGCCCUGGCUACCGGUCAUCCUGUGGCCUCAGCUUGACCUCCUUUCCUGGUCCAGAAGGGAGGCUGCGGAGAGUCACCCCUGCUUCUCCCAGGGCUGUGAUUGUGGACCAUUGAGGCUUUCCUUACUCUGCCCACCCUGGGAGUGCUAGAUCCCUCUUCUCUCCCCACCCCCUGCAAUGGCUGCAGGGGGGGGGCUUUCCUCCUUGCCCCCCCCACCUACAGCCUCCCGGCCAGCUCGCCCGCCAGACACAACCUCCUCUUCCCUCCCCCUUAGGCUGCUCUCGACUUGACCAGGGCUAGCGAACGGUGGCGGAGCAACUCUGGCCGGCGUUUGCGUUGCCCCUUUGUCCAGCUGCCUCCUCCGUGGGUGAUGGAGGAGCCCAGCAGAAAGGCUUCAGGCCCUUCUGGCCUUGGCAUGGCUAGGAGAGGAGACUAUGGGCAAGGAGGGGGGAGCUUCAGGGACCCAUGAGGUGGGCUGAAACAGGGCAUCCUCAGUUUGCCUGUGCAGGAGAGGGGCAAGCCUCUUGGUUGCCUGCCUGUGUGGAGGCCUCCAUGGCCUCCUUUCUGCAGGCUUCCUGCUGCUGAGCUCCGGCCCCGGAGGUCUCCUGCCUCUCCCCUGUUAACUUUGAGCUGCCCGGCCUCCUUUCUCUCCCCAGGGAGCUGGGGCUGCAAGGUUCACCCAUCGACUCCUAGAUCCCCAGAUCCCGGUGCCAAAAAUGCGCAGCUGCCUUCCUUGCUCCUUGUCCCCCUCCAGAAAUUGGGAUGCUGCCCCCCCCCAUUCAUUGCCUGGAAGCUUUAAAAGGGGGAGGAGAUCCGGCUGCCCCCAUCCCUAGAUAGUAGUUGUUGGGAAGGAUUUGCAGGGGCGUGUUUUGAGAGGGCGGGGGAAUAUUUCUGGAUUUGCAGGGUCUUCACUUUCGAGGGUGGUUCUCAUCAACAGUUUGCCUCCACUUUUCUCACGUUCUGCCAAAUAAGCCUCACGACCCCGUAGCAGGUUCCUCCGAUCCGGUGCCCUUCAGAAGUCACGGGCUGCAGCUCCCCUAAGGCUUUUGGCGGGGGCACCAGGUUGGGAAAGGAGAAAUGUACCAUUCAGUAUUUCCUGGGAGUUCUGCCUCCAGGCAAAGUUUCCUUGCAGUGUUCUGCCUGGGGUUGGUUGGUUUCGUUCAAUGGUUUGCCUGGGCUUCUCUCCUGGCCCCAAAGGGCCCCCUGGCCUGUGCCAAGCAAGCCAAGUCCCAAGGAGAGCAGUGUUAGUUGACGUCUUCCUUCCCUUUGAGCAAGUUUGGGAGCACCCCUGCCCCCCCCCCGCGUCCCGCCCUACGGGUGAAUUUUACUCCCAGUCGUGGGGUUCAUGCUGAGGUGCUCACUUGUAUUGAGUCUCAUUGGGUGAUGUUUGGUUAAAAAGAGAAAAAGAAAAGCUUGUUAUGUUUUAAGCACUUUAAAGGAAAAAAUAAAUAAAAAUAAAACGGUUGAAUUUGUUGCUUAGAAAUUCCUGGCUUGCCUUUUUAUCCCCAUGCCCCAAAUCCAAAGGUUGCAAUAACCUCAAAUGCCCCAUACGUAAAUGGGGAGCUCCGAAGUUGUAACGCUAGAACUCGGAGACAUACAAUGGAGCGGAAUGUUGGAAGUUUCAAAACAGGUGAAAGAAAUUACGCAGCACAAGAGUUAAACUACGGAACUCCCUGCCACAGGAGGCAGCGAUGGCCGCCAACUUGGAUGGCUUUAAAAGAGGUUCUUAAACUAGAGAUGCCACGGGUUCCACCCCACUCCUUGGAAGGGUGGCAGAGUGAGGAGGGGCCAGGCCAGGCCCAGCCUCUGCUGUUGUCUUUGCAGAAUUGGGGGGGGGGUACCUUCCAUCCUGCUCCUUGCUUGUCCCAACAGGAAGCACCCCCACCAGCGACUGGCGUGUCUCUGUGUGACGGGUCUCCUAAUUCCUCCCAGCUGGAUUUGUGCAGGCGGGGGGGGUGGGGGUUCCCACCCUGAUGGCUCUCAGCAGGUGCCCCUGUUGGGCUGCAGCUAAUCCAGGGGGAUGAAGGGCUGAGAGGGAGGAACGAGCCCCCGCCCAGAGUUUAGAAACUGACAGGCCAAAUCGCAGCUGAACAAUGCGAGCAGGUGGUCAAGAUCAGGGGGUGACCUGCGAGAGAAGCAGGUGCUCAGAUCCGGGAUGCCUGAACACGCCUGGGCAUCGGCCGAGCCCAGCGCCCCCACCCAGCCCGCUUCACCCUUUUGUCUGGAUGAGGCCACAGACACCCCCUCCAAUCGCUCUGUUUUCCCAGGUGCACAGAGAUCCCUGUUGACACAGCCCCAAGCCAUCUCUUCCCCAAAGGAUGCUUUCCCACAGGGGUCGUAGCACCCCCCUCCCUUUCCAGAGGGCUCAGCUUUUUCGGGGUGGGGGGAGAGGGCACAGUGCCCCUUCCCACCCAAGACUCCACCCAAGAGGCUCCUCCUCUUCUAGCAAGGCACCCGCAAGCACCCACAGAAGACCAUGGGAUGAGGUCCCACAAGCAGGAUCCGAGCACGUGGUCCUCUCCCCUCCUAUUGCUGCCCUCCCCCCAUAAAGGGAAUAAUCCCUUUGCUGACUUUCUCAGGGGCUCCUGCUUUUCUCUUGUUUUUUCUCUCUCUCUCCAGCCCUUUUCUGGUGGCUGAGAGGAAGGGCAGCGGCUGUCCUCAAGUGGGGACAUUGAAAC